UCUAUAAUUCUACAUUAUCAACUGAGCGCAGUCGAAUUCGACUAUUCGGCGCGCCAUCAUCGUGCGCAUUUGAACGGGUUUAAGUAUACAUGUUGAAAGAGAUCAAAUGCAAGAGUCUUCGAAGGUUCGCACGCUGAUCCAGAAUUCAAAUAACGUGAAGGAUAUUUUCAAAAUCGUGUAAGAUGUUUUCAACGUCACGUAAGAGUCACGUAAUUCUUUAUUUCGAGUCACGUAAUUCUUUAUUUCGAGAGCUAGAAAUUAGAAAAUAAAAAUCAAUUAAAGCUUCUCUCUUUUCGGCUUCGUUGAUUAUCGCGCAGUCUUUUUUUAUAACGUCACGUUUCCUAUUUUCUACUUUUCUUUUCUAAUGAUGAGCACAUAUAUCGGUUCAUAUUAUUAUACUCGAUCUUCUGUGUAAUUUUCACGACACUGCGUUGAGAUGCGAAGGACGACAAAGGUAUCGGGAGAUCGCGGAGCAGAAUGAUCAGUCUUCUCCGAGUGGCCGGCGCGUUUACGUCGCACGUGGGAAACGCGGGCGCGAACGAGCCAUGACGAGCGGCAACAAGUGCACUGCAUCCGUCGCCGAUUCGCAUGAGUUUGGCCGCACGAGCAGCGUCGCGACGGACAGCAAGGAUGCGAAACGUCUCGUCAAAGAGGAGACGGUGCAGAAGUUCAAGUCGAUCGCCGGACAUGUGGGCCUGCUGAUCACACUAAUGCUCUACACCGUGAUUGGCGGACUGGUUUUCCGGCAGAUCGAACUCCCGGCGGAGCUCGGACGGCUCGAGCGUUUGCGGGCGAAAUUACGCACGCAACGAUAUCGCUUCGUGGAAUCCGUCUGCAAUAAUACGGACGUCGCCAAUCUACGUACUUUGGUAAGCGUAAACCUGCGCGACUACGAGGAUGCAGUCCAGGAGGCGGCGGAAGCGGGUCUUCUGAUCGGUUUCGUGGCGGACACAAUUGAUCAUCAGGAUCGCGCCGAUUCGAACCUGCCGCCCAUCGCGACCGAACGGUGGAGUGUGCUUCAAGCGGUUUUCUUCGCCAGCACUGUCCUCACCACGAUCGGAUACGGGAAUGUCGUGCCUUCGACCAACUGGGGAAGGAUCUUUUGUAUCCUCUUCGCCUUCAUCGGCAUACCACUCACCCUGAUCGUGAUCGCCGACUUGGGUAAGCUGUUUGCCGGAGCUGUGGUGCAUGUUGCGUUGACGUUGAAGUCGAGACUGCCAUUUCGCGCGAAGUUCGUGUGCGUCCCGUCAAACGCGACCGGUCGUCGAUCGCUCGGUGCUUGUGCCGCUAUCGGAUUGCUCUUCCUAUACCUCGCUUGCGGCGCUGGCAUGUUCAUGCUUUGGGAGGACGACUGGGAUUUCUUCGACGGGUUUUACUUCUGCUUCGUAACGAUGACGACCAUAGGUUUCGGUGACUUGGUGCCGAAGAAACCCAAGUACACUCUGUUGUGUACCUUGUACAUCUUGGUCGGUCUGGCGUUGACCAGUACUAUCAUCGAACUAGUCAGACGACAAUACGCUCAAUCCUGGAGGAGACUACAGAGACUGAGAGGUCCAUUGGCCGAGACUCUCAGGAAACUCGGCGAACAAGCAGGUGGCGACAUGUCCGCGUUACAUUCUGAUCUAAGGAAAGUAUUGACAGUUAUAUCUAUGCCACGUUUGAAAUGGACCUCGUCCAUCGAUCCAGAUGUCUCUAAGAAUCAGGAUUGGGAAGAAGCUGUAGAGGCGGUAUUGCGUGACAUCGCCGCGUCCACAACAGCGUCACCGCCUAGAAAACCGAUUGUGCAAAUCGUCGUUUACGAAUCCAGUGUCUAAUAUUAUUGGGAGAGGAAGAGAGAGAGAGAGUUUGUGUGUAUAAUCCCUAAUAGCACAAUUCAUUAGCGUUACUUUGGCUUAAUAUUGGUUUUCUAGACAGCACAAGAUCUUCAGAGGAUGUUCUAGGGAUAUUCUCAGAAUGUCUUUAAGAUGUCGUGUGAAGAUCUGUGCUGUUUGAGUACAUUGGCAUAUAUUAGCUAAUAUAGCCAAUAUAUAACCAAUAUAUAGUAAAUAUUAGUUAUAAAUAAAAUGUGAAUAAAUCUCCAAUAUUAUACAACAUGAUUGUACCAAUAUUGGCAUAUACCCAGGUAGAACGGCUAGUUAAAAUCUCACGUCAUUUUCACCAAAAAAUGACGUAAAUUUGGUCAAUAUUUGGUCAAAAUGACAUCAAAUUGACAGUAUUUUGAUUGUUUUAUUUGGGUAUUAGAGGUACAUUGGGUCAAUAUAACUCAAUAUAUAAUCAAUAUUGGUAAUAGAUGAAUUAUCUAUAUUAAGAAUUUUAUAUUAGCUAUAAAAUGCAAAAUGUCUAUAAUAUUGGGCUAAUAUUUAGUAUAUCGAGGCCUAAUUUGUAGCCAAUAUUACCUCCAAUGAACCGUGUUACUAAGGAUGCGUGAAUGCUUGCGUGCGUGUAUACAUACAUUCAUAUGUGUGAAUCUAAACAUGCGUGUGAAUGAAUGAAAGACUAUAGAACUAUAGGACUAAUAAAAUUUAUUUAAUCGAGAUUCAGUCCUUUUUCAAUAAAAAUUCAAAAGCUUA